AUGGUCUACCUCAAGUCGUCUCUCCUGGCCCUCCUGGCCCUUCCCAUCUUCGGCGCUUUUGCUGCUGAAGAGGAAGUCCCUCCUGUUGAUACCGAUGCUACCGCCCCGGUUCUGAAGGCCGACAUUGUGGCUACCUUCCCUGAUGCCGACAUCUUUGGUGUCAAGCUUGUCAAUGGCCGCCCCACCAAGGCUGUCGUCGAAUUCACAAAUCACGAGGAUGCGCCCAUCCAGAUUGCCAUGGUUGGUGGUGUUCUGUCUAGCACCAAGGAGCUGGCCGAGGAUGCCCACCCUAGCGAUUCUAUCAUCCGCAACCUGACGGCUGCCCGGUAUGACUUGACCGUUGAGGCUGGCGACAAGAAGGCCGUCCCCUAUUCCUUUGCUCUCGACAUGCAGCCCCAGGAUGUUCUCCUCCAGCUUGUUGCUGUCGUCAGCAACUCCAAGGGUGCUGUGUUCCAAGUCCAGGCAUACAACUCCACUGCCGCCAUUGUCGAGCCUCCCACUAGCAUCUUCGACCCUCAGAUUAUCUUCCUCUACCUUUUCCUGACUGGUGCCUUCGCCGGAACUCUGUACUUCGUCUACAAGACUUGGAUCGAGGCUCUGUUCCCCCAGGCUAAGAAGGCCAAGACCUCUAAGAAGGCUCGCCAGGUCAGCGUCACGGUUCCUUUGGCUGACUCCGACGCUCCUGUUGCCACUUCUACUGGCAAGGACUACGACGAGGCCUGGAUCCCUGACCACCACAUCAACCGCCCUGUCGCCAAGCGCGUCAAGAGCGGCGCCAGCGGCAAGCUCAAGGCCAAGGGUGCUGAGUAG